AUGCUAUUCCAAAUUGUAUUCUACAUCUUCGUUACUAUUAUCUUACUUGCUAUUGUUAUUAUCUAUGUAAAACUCAUUCGUCCUGAGAAAUAUCUCUAUGAUGUAUUGCGUGCACAAGGAAUCAAUGGUGAACCAUUUGUACCUUUAUUUGGUCAACUUCCUGAAAUACGUCGAUAUCAACAAGCUAAUACAAUUAUAGCUUUUCAUGAAGAUUUAGCACGAAAACAUGGAAAUAUAUAUCUAUUUUCUUUUGGUCCAUUAACACGUCUCGUUAUUACUGAACCUGAUUUACUUGCUGAUAUAUUUAGUCGAACAAAUGUACAAAAUUAUAUUAAACCACCUUUUUUUUAG